AUUGAUGUAUUUUAUCGCUCAAUAAUGUUGUCAAUGGACUUAUAGUGUCAAACCCUAUGUUUUUGAAUGGCUUUUAAACAUUUAUAUGUCAUUUAUUACUGUUUGUUGUCUAACAAUCAUAUGAUUUAAAUGUUAACACUAACCAUGUAUUUAAUAAUGAGAUACGGAUACAACAUUUGAUGACUUGAGUGCCAUUCAAGACAUCGGUAAAAAUGUUGAUCAAAGAGUUCCGAAUACCACUGCCAUUAUCUGUGGACGAGUACAAAGUGGCACAACUUUAUAUGAUUGCCAAAAAAAGCAAAGAAGAAACACAGGGCGCUGGAAGUGGUGUCGAAAUACUUGUUAAUGAACCAUAUGAUGAGGGACCGGGAGGUUCUGGACAAUACACUCAUAAGAUAUAUCACGUAGGGUAUCAUUUACCAGGUUGGCUCAAAGCAUUGUUACCUAAGUCUGCACUGACCGUUGAAGAAGAGGCCUGGAAUGCCUAUCCAUACACUAAAACACGUUAUACCUGCCCUUUCGUAGAGAAAUUUUUCAUUGAAAUUGAGACCAAAUAUUAUAAUGAUUGUGGAAAUCAAGAAAAUGUUUUUGAAUUAAGCAAUUCAGAAGUUAGGUCACGGGUUGUCGAUGUUAUCGAUAUUGUGAAGGAUCAGCUCUACUCAUCUGAUUAUAUUAGAGAAGAAGAUCCAAAGUUUUACGUAUCGGAGAAGACAGGACGGGGACCGUUGUCUGACAACUGGGUCGAUGAGCACUGGAAUGUACUGAAAAAUGGCAAUAAAGGCAAAAACAAGUGCAUUAUGUGUGCCUACAAACUCUGUAGGGUUGAGUUCAAGUACUGGGGAAUGCAAACCAAAAUUGAAAAAUUUAUACACGACUCAGCAUUGCGUAAGACUAUGGUUCGGGCACACAAACAGGCGUGGAGUUGGCAGGACGAGUGGGUCGACCUCACUAUGGCUGACAUUAGAAAGUUAGAGAAAGAAACACAAGAGUAUCUCAAGAACAGAAUGGCUGUCAAUAAUGAAAAUGCAAAUGAAGUCAAUGCUAUAACACAACAGAUCAAUAGUCAGACAAUUUCAGAGAGACAAGAGAUUGAUCUGAAUGUUAUAGACAAAGAUAAUGAACAAUACGAAGAAAUUAUUGCAAUGGAAGUUCCAAAAUGUAAAACAAUAACACAUCCACCGCUUACUAUCAAGCAUUCCAAAGAUCAAGAAGAUGGCAAAAGAAAAAUAUGGUCCAGAAGUAGUUCCAAAGCAGGUCUUCUACAUUCAGAUGAUUAUGAGUUACAAAUAGCUAACUUACGAAUGGAAAGUAUUGUUAGAAAUUCAGAUUCCAGUUCUGACGAUGAGUUUUAUGACGCCGAAGAAAUAUUAAAUGUCAGUCCAAUUACCAAAUGGAGUUCACUUGAAUACAUACCAUCAGAUUUGGGACCUAAAGAGCAACAAAGUAUCGAUGCCGGCGAUGAAUCUGAUAACAUAUUUUCUGAGGCAUACAUUAAACGCAUACAAUCAGAGCACUCGAAACACAAAACAGCUUUUAUGAAUAGAAAUAGUGUGGAUACGACAUCUCUGCCGAAUUCACCCACUCAUACAACUCCCUGUCCAACAGAUAUACUAAUUAUUAUAUUACACGGCGGAAGUCUUCUCGAUGCUGCAACUGAUUUGAAUUCAAACAAGACAUCGGAUAUAACGACAUUUCGGAGUUCAUUUGAAGCAGUUGUUCGACAACAUUAUCCACGACUUAAUGGCAGAAUAGCCUUUCGUUUAGUUUCGUGUCCAGCAAUUUGUUACGACGCUCUCGUAGUGUUGUCGAGUUUGAGUCCAUAUAGCUUUCAAGCGUCGCCCUCAGCUAUUGACGGCGUUUAUCAUACAUACGAUGCUAUACCUAUUGGAGCACUUCCAGUAUUUGCCAUCUCAUCGCAUGAGUACUAUGAGAAUGUUUCUAAAGUAAUAUCCACAACAAAUCAUAUCUAUAGUGAGUUUUUAAAGAGCGAAGAAGGAUUGGGUUUUUGUGGUCAGGUGUGUCUUAUUGGUGAUAGCAUUGGAUCCGUAAUAGGAUUUGAUGCUAUGUGUCGAUCAAAUUAUCUUUGCAGUCAAUAUGGUAGUGAAACCAGUAUUCCUGAUCUACCAGACACUCAAAAAAUGAGUGAUUCUCAUAACAAACCUGUACUAACUGGUCAUAAAAAUCCAUUGAUAUCUAUAAGUGAUGGAAGUGGUAAUGAAGAUGUUGAAGAAAAUCAGGAAAAAACAAGUAAAUCAAAGAUAUUAUUUCCCAAAUCAAAUGCUAUUCCAGUAAACCGAACAUAUUUUAAAUCCCACUCACAUUCCGGUGAAACAACAGUUGUUGAUGAAAGUGCAACACAUCGUCUAUUGACAGCUCCAUUACCUCGAAGAAGGAGCUCGUGUUCCAGUGACCAAAGUUGUUGUCAUCGCUUAGAAUUUGAAAUAAACGAUUUCUUUAUGUUUGGUUCCCCUCUUGGACUUGUUCUCACAUUCAGGAAAAUGCUUUCCAUCGAUGACAAGUCAUGUCCAUUACCAAAGCCUUCGUGCAGUCAUAUCUAUAAUCUGUUCCAUCCGACCGAUCCAUCAGUUUUACGAUUAGAGCCUCUGCUGAGCGCCAGAUUCUCACACAUUCCACCCGUCAAUGUUUCCCGAUAUCAGAAAUAUCCGUUAGGCGACGGACAACCCAUACAUUUACUCGAGUAUUUGCAAACAUAUUGUCAUUUAUUUGCACCGGACACCAGUCCUCAAGUAUCUCACUCUUACUCGACAAUGGGUGGCCGUCGGACCAGUGAAGCCAGUAUUUCCAGCAAUAUUUCUAUGACUUUUGAUUCCCUAACUCUACCAAAUAUUACUUCACUGACCCAAAAGUGGUGGGGAUCUAAAAGACUUGAUUACGCCUUAUAUUGUCCCGAAGGACUUAACAAUUUCCCGACACACGCUUUGCCCCAUUUAUUUCACGCCAGUUAUUGGGAAUCAAAUGAUGUCAUUUCAUUUAUUUUAAGACAAAUUUCAAGAUCCGAAUAUAUGAGCAGUAAUACGAUGGACACUGAAAAAGAUGUCCAAUGUUUUACUCCGUGUCAACCGAGAGAAAAGUGGCAAAAGAAACGAACUUCGGUGAAGCUUAAGGUGAGCCGAAACAUAACAGCCAAUCAUCGGGCAAAUGAUGUGAUUGUCAAAGAGGGCGCAACACAAGUAAUAUCUGCACGUUUUAUGUACGGUCCUCUCGAUGUGGUAGCGCUUUCAGGAGAAAAAGUGGACAUUCAUAUUAUGAAAAAUGGCCGAUCAGGCGACUGGACUUAUUUAGCUACCGAACUCACUGAUAAAUCUGGUAGACUUGCAUAUACUAUACCCGAUGAUAAGUCAUUUACACUUGGUUUAUAUCCCGUUAAGAUUGUAGUCAGGGGUGACCACACAUCCAUUGACUUUUAUAUGGCUGUCGUUCCGCCCAAAACUGAAUGCGUAGUCUUUAGUAUAGACGGAUCAUUCACUGCCAGUAUGUCUGUUACUGGAAAAGAUCCAAAAGUUAGAGCCGGAGCUGUAGAUAUCGUAAGAUAUUGGCAAGAGUUAGGUUAUCUUAUAAUUUACAUAACUGGCCGUCCAGAUAUGCAACAGCAAAAAGUCAUCUCAUGGCUCGCCCAACAUAACUUUCCUCAUGGAUUGGUCUCAUUUGCGGACCGUUUAUCAACUGAUCCUUUACGACAUAAAGCUGAACAUUUAAGACAUCUUCAAAAUGAUGCUGAGAUCGUAUUUCAAGCAGCAUAUGGUUCGAGUAAAGAUAUUUCUGUUUAUCAAUCUUUGGGACUAAAACCGGAACAAAUCAAUAUUGUGGGCAAAGUAUCUAAAAAACAGCAUUCAAUGGCAAAUAUAUUGAGUGAGGGCUAUGCUAUUCAUUUAAAUGAGCUGAUAGCUCACGGCUGCUCCCGACCCGCACAGGGCAACGCUCGUAUGGUUCUUCCUAGAGGUGGCUUCGGCGGUGUCCGACACCGACGGUCGACUAAAGCCAAGCGCACUAUUUCUUACCCAUUGACAGCACAAGUGUCAGUGCCGUCUAUACCGCCACUCAAUGCUAUACCAAAUACUGCUCCGACAACAAGUAAUUUUGAAUCCGUUUCGUACGGAUUUUUUAACACCAAAUUUACUAAACAAAACAAAUAAUUUUACAUCACUUAUAAUAAUAUCUCAAACAAUAAUAUACCCAAUAAUACAAUAUAUAUUAUAUGAAAAAUAAUUGAAACCAAAUACCGUAGAAACCAAAUUUUGGCAAUUUUUAUCAUUGUUCAUAAUACUACUUAAUUUGAUUUUUGAAAAUUAAUAAUUGAUAG